UGACUUUUGAACCCGGAAACAGUCGGCCACCUUCGGAAGCAGCCGGAACUCGGGGCUCCGCGGGCGCUGCUGUUGCAGAAUGGUCGGCGGCGGCGGCGGGAAGCGCAGGCCCGCCGGGGAGGGGCAGCAGUGUGAAAAGGCAGUUGAUGUGAAGAAGAGUAAAUCCUGUGAAGCUGAUGUCUCCAAUGACCUUCGCAAAGAAGUAGAAAAUCAUUAUAAGCUUUCCCUACCUGAAGAUUUCUAUCACUUCUGGAAGUUCUGUGAAGAACUUGAUCCUGAAAAGCCAGCUGAUUCACUUUCCACAAGUCUUGGACUUCGGUUAGUGGGUCCUUAUGAUAUCCUGGCUGGAAAACAUAAAAUGAAGAAAAAAUCAAUAGUCUUGAACUUUAAUCUUCACUGGAGGUUUUACUAUGAUCCUCCUGAAUUCCAGACCAUUAUUAUUGGUGAUAAUAAAACGCAGUACCACAUGGGGUACUUCAGGGAUUCUCCUGAUGAACUUCCUGUAUAUGUUGGUACAAAUGAAGCCAAGAAAAAUUGUACAAUUGUUCAAAAUGGGGAUAAUGUGUUUGCUGCAGUCAAAUUAUUUUUGAUGAAAAAACUUAAAGAAGUAACAGAUAAAAAGAAAGCUAGUCUGUUGAAAAACAUAGAUGAAAAACUCACAGAAGCAGCCAGAAAACUGGGGUACUCCCUUGAACAGAGAACCCUGAAGAUGAAACAGAGAGAUAAGAAAGUUGUGACAAAGACCUUUCACAGUGCAGGCUUGGUUGUUCCAGUAGAUAAAAAUGAUGUUGGGUACAGAGAGCUCCCUGAAACAGAUGCUGACCUUAAGAGAAUUUGCAAGACAAUUGUUGAGGCCACAAGUGAUGAAGAGAGACUGAAAGCAUUUGCUCCCAUUCAGGAAAUGAUGACUUUCGUGCAGUUUGCCAAUGACGAGUGUGAUUAUGGCAUGGGGCUAGAACUGGGAAUGGACCUCUUUUGCUAUGGUUCACAUUAUUUUCAUAAAGUAGCUGGCCAGCUUUUACCUCUUGCAUAUAAUCUGUUGAAGAGGAAUCUGUUUGCAGAAAUUAUUGAAGAUCAUCUGGCAAAUAGAAAAGAGAACAUAGACCAACUGCAGGAUGAAAUCAAGGAGCUGGAGAAAAAUAACCAUGCCAGCUGGUCUUAUUUUAACCUCAAGGUGGCCAUGCUAGAUGGUGUUGAUCCUGCUACUUUUUCAUCUUUGCUCAAGCUUCCAACACUUCAGUUAAUUUCACUGGGAAAACAGGAGCAAUCAGAAUAA